ACAUAGCCUAGCGAGUAUAGUGGAAGUAAGAGUAGUCGUUCCUCUGUUUCUCAACUUAUUGCAACCGUGGAGAGAGAAGAUGAGGCUGCAAUUUUGUAUGAAGAAUGCAUUGCCCUUUGCAGUGAUGAUAAUGUUGGAGUGUGGAGAUGUGUGUGCUAUGACACUAGGCAAAGCAGCUUUGAAUAUUGGGAUGAACAACUUGGUUUUCGUCGUGUACUAUAAUGCUCUGGGCACUCUCAUUCUUCUCCCUUUUUUCAUCUUUCACAGGCUCAGAAGCCAGCAGCCUCCGCUCAGUUUCUCUCUCCUUUGCCGAUUCUCACUCCUUGGUCUACUUGGGAUUUGUUUGGCGCAGAUAUGUGGAUACACUGGAAUCAAUUAUAGCUCCCCAACUCUAGCAUCCGCUAUGGGUAACCUGUUGCCGGCUUUUACAUUCUUGCUUGCCAUCAUUUUCAGGAUGGAGAAAUUUGAUUUGAGAAGGCCCAGCAGUCAAGCGAAAUCCGUGGGAACCAUUGUGGCAGUGUCAGGAGCUUUCGUGAUGAUUCUUUAUAGAGGCCCCCUGAUAACCACCUCAGCUUCUAAUUUACAUCAUCGGCUUCUUUUGUCACAACAACAAUCAAAUUGGGUCCUUGGAGGGCUUGUCCUUGGAACCGCUUGCUUUGUGACUUCCAUAUGGAGCAUUGCUCAGGCAGCAACUGUUAAAGAGUACCCAGAUGAAAUGACUGUAGUCUUUUUCUACUGUUUCUUUGGCUCCAUCCAGUGUGCAAUUUUCACUCUUAUCGCUGAAAGAAACCCAACUGCUUGGACACUGCAACCUGGCAUUGAGAUGAUUGCUGUUGUGUUUUCAGCAAUACAUAGUACUGUGUUCCGAAGUGUUGCUCUGACAUGGUGCCUACACAAGAAGGGUCCCGUUUAUGUAGCCAUGUUCAAGCCCACCCAAAUGGUUAUUGCAGUGGUCUUUGGGCUCAUAUUCCUUGGAGAUGCACUGUAUCUUGGCAGCGUUAUUGGAGGAACCAUAAUUGCAUUUGGAUUCUACACUAUGAUGUGGGGAAAAGCUAAAGAGGAGGACAAUGUCUGUAUAACAUUGGAAUCAUCCACCCCAAACACCCCUCUCCUCCAAAAUAAUGUUGGGCAAGAGAAAUAGAACAAGUUUGUAACCACAAUAAAGUUUGUGACUGGGACAUAAUAUUGGAAUUGGAUUAAUAAUCCAAUAAAAUACAUAAUUUUAUGUUUGGUUUAGAAGAAUGUAGUAUACUUAUGAUAUGUUCCAUGCAGAGAAACUAUUGAAUCUCUCAAGAGACUUGCAAACUUACAGAAUUUUGUCAAAAAUAACAAAAAUGAAAUUUUAAGAUCAUCUCUAACCUUUUGUUAUUAUUAUUAUUAUUUAUUUAAUUUAAUUUCAAAUUUAAGUAAAUAACUUGAUUUAAUGUGAAUUACUUCAACUCUUUUCAUCGAAUUUUUAUUAUUAUUAUUUUUAAAAAAAUUCUCCUUCUUAUCUCAGGUUUUCUUUUUUUCUGUAGUCUCAAAUUUUAGCUUACAAAAUUUAUGAUUUUUUUUUGGGUGGGACUAAGAUACUAUUUAUGCUGGCUGUCCGAUCCUCAGCAUCAGUGUUAUACCUCCUCUUUGUCUCCAAACGCCUUCUCUCAUCCACAUCUUCCAUAGCCAGAGAGCCCCACGUCUUCCCGGGUUCUUUCUUGGGAUAAUAAAGUGUUUGAACACGCAACACCAUGGUGGUUGGUCAUCACUUGGGGUAUCAUUGUGUUUGGUUUAGAGAUUUGGAGAGGAAAAGAAAUAUAAUGUAAGUAUAUUUUAUUUAUAUUUAACUUAUCUUUUUUCUUUUUCUUUUCAAAUCUCUUCUUGAGAGGAAGAUUUAUGAGCUGGAAUGGGCCAUGGUAAAGGCCGGGCAAAAUGUGGGGCCGAACAUGUUUGGGCCGUGAUAGAUUUGGGUUCGUCCAGAUAAGGUUUUGCUUAGUAGAGGCCCAGGACCAUGUUGGGACCGAGCUACUUGGGCUUGUCUAUGUAGAAUACUGAGCUACUUGAGUUGAUUGCUCGGUUGAUUGCCUGCCAUUCUAGAUUCCACGGUUCAUGCGUUUAGCGCGGCAGGAAGGCCUUUGGUUUGCUAGCUCGACCUAUCUUGAACUCGGCUUUGCCGGAAUGCAACCGAGCUCAGUCGUUCUGGAGCUCGGCGAGUGGAGCACUCGGGUACGCUGCGCAGCGCGGUCGUGAAAGGCCGAGGUGGUUCCGCCGGUCUGCCGGGUUCCGCUAAUAUGGCCUGACGGUUUGGUUAGGUGGUGAUUGCAGGAUUUGUGCUGACAGAUGGGAGAGCAGCACCACGUGUCAAGAGACUAAUGGGAGCAGAUCCCCCAUGCUGGGGAUGAAACAUAACUUGGUCGAUCGGACGGACAAAAAACUUGGUAGAAAGGAGUGUGGUCUCUGCGGAAUAUUUGCUCCCUGUACACUUCUGAAAUCUUUCAUGCAUGUAUAUAGAAUUGGAUGGAGAAAUUUGAUUUUAGAAGACCAAGUAGUCAAGCAAAAUCCGUGGGGAUCAUUAUGGCAGUGUCAGGACCAUUUGUGAUGACUCUUUAUAAAAGCCCCCACUGCUGAUGGCCUCCUCACCUUCUAAUUUACCUCAUCGGCUUCUACUGUCACAACAACAACCAAACUGGGUCCUUGGAGGGUUUUUCCUUGGGGUCUCUUGCAUUUCGUCUUCCAUAUGGAACAUUGCUCAGGCAAUACAUGGGACUGUGUUCCAAAAAACUGCUCUGACAUGGUGCCGGCACAAGAAGGGUCCCGUUUUUGUAGCCAUGUUCAAGCCCACAAUAAUGGUGAUUGCAGUGGUUUUUGAGCUCAUCUUCCUCAGCAAUGCACUUUAAUUUGGCAGUGUUAUUGGAGGAACCAUAAUUGGCUUUGGAUUCUACACUAUGAUGUGGGGACAAGCUAAAGAGGACAAUGUCUGUGCAACAUGGGAAUCAUCUGCCCCAAACACCCCUCUUCUCCAAAAUUGUGUUGGGCUAGAGAGAUAGAACAAGGUUGUAACCAUAAUAAUGGUCAUGGAAAAGUUGAAGAGGGAAAUUUUGUGACUGGUAAAUUUCACGAUCCCUCAAGCAUUUGAAAAUGAGAAACGCUGGGUACCUAGCAAAAUACUAAGAAAAGUAUUGAUAAUUUGAAUCUAUAGCAUAGUUUCAAACUUGGUAUCGCAUGCAUCAUACUUAAAAUGAAUAUUAUAUGCAUUUCAACCUUAACAUUUUUCAAAUUUUUUUUCUAGGUAUGCCAUUGCUUGAAAAGUGUUACUUGCUCAUGUGCACAAUAGAGAUUUUUUGUACCCAAAGUUUAGACAGUGGUAUUUCUAUUAGAUAUAAUUUAGCAUUGCAAGAUUAUUGCAAGGGUGAUUAUUGUAAAGAAUUGUAAUCUUGUUUGUUUGGGAAUGUGACUUUUGGAAUUUGAUUAUUAAUUUAAUAAAAUACAUAAUUUUACAAUUAGCAAAGAAAGUUGGAGUGUAGAUUAAUAGUUCAUUAAGAUAUAGUAUCUUUCAUAUGGUUAUAUUAUCGAAUUCCAAAAGAAAUGUGGUAUACAAAAUGAAUAAUUAAUGAGAGAUUAGGACUAAUUAAUUAAAUUUCAAAAUUAAUAGGAUUUUACCAAUUUUUUGUUAUAAUCUUAGGCCAAUCCAAAUAGGGGUUGUACACAAUGCAAAUGAUUUGAUUCUAAGAAUGCUAAUUUGAUUUGCCAAACACAUGUGGACUUUUGUGUUGAUGUUUUGGAAUUAGAUCAUAAUUUAAUAAAAUACAUAAUAUCAGGCUUGGCUAAAAAAAAUAAAUGUAGAGACUAAUAAUAUAUUCAGACAACUUUAUAUAAACUGCUUAUGAAAUUAUUUUUUUUUUAAAUUUUAAUGUGAGUAUGUGGACAAGUGGUUUUGAUUUUGAUUUUUUAAUUAUUUCUUGUGAUAAAUUGCACACCAAACAGCUCAUUAAAUCUCAGAGAUUAAGGAGAUGUUCAAAUUCAAAAUUACAAAAUUUAUAGAAUUUUGAUCCUCCUCAUAAUAAUCAUGGACCAAUCACUUCCGAUCUCUCUCAUUCCCUGGAUGGUUGGCUCCUGGUGCGGCUUGGCUAAACCCGGUCUGGUGCCGGGUGAACCGGUUGGUAGUGUCCAGCGGAUGCAAUUACGAAAGCAAUAAGCAGUACAUGAUUGAUUGCUACUUCCAAACCCCAGCUAAGGUCGUCGGAAGUCAACUUGAACUCGAAAGGCUGUGAAAUACACUUAGGAUGACUUGGAAAUUGAUGAACCGGUCAAAAGCAGACGAAGAUGAAGAAAACUGCAGUGAUUAAGAGGCAGUGCAAGAUGAGCCCUCUGAGGAUCAUGGCUUAGUUGGACAUGUUUGUUGGUGCUGGUCCUGGUGAAAAGAAACAGCACAAAAUUGGAGAUUCUUUGUUUGAGGAGCGCUCAAGUGGGGACUACCUUAAAAUGGCAGGUGGAUGGUGCUGAACCAGAACUUGAAACAGGUCGUCAACUAAGUUUUGGUCCAAAUGGUGUGAUUUUUCUUUGGAGGCAGAAUUGUCUGAAGAUUACCUUCAAAUGGGGGGUGGAUUUUGCUUGGAUGAAUAUGGAGCAAAUAAGGGCACAGAUAAAUGUCCUUCCAAUUCAGCUGUGGACCCUGCCCAUUGUUCUAAUGUUGGUCCAGUUCAAUUGGUUUCUAGUCCUUCAAGAGCUUUGAAUGGAUUUCAGGAUAAAUGGAGAACAGAUGCAUAUGAUAUUAAGCACUUGUUGACCAUUCAACUCCUAUAAGUAGUGAUGCCUGGGUUACCAAUGUCUCCUUCAGAAAGUAUCAGGAACGAUUAUCCUGGGACAACCCCUAUAAAAUCUCUACGUGCAAUGCCUUUUUUUGAGAAGAAAAUGUAGAGUUAAGUUUGUUUGAUUUAUGCAUGUAUUAAUAAGCAAUAGCAGGAUUGUUUAGUUUCAAGUUUCUGAAGGUAGUAAUGUUGUGUACAAAGAAAAGUACACAGAAAAGUCAAUGUGCGGCUUAGAUCAUUCUGAUUGCGGUCUCUUACCAAUUCCAGACUGAAUCUGGACCACACAUGAAUUUUUUGUACACUUUUCUGUUAUUUUUUUCCCCGCCUGUGCUCGUUGCAUUACUGUUCUGGAGGACAACCCCACUGUCUGUGGAUUUGCAUCCUAGAGCAAGCCAGCAGUGCUUGAAACAAAACAGCUGAAAAUUAUAUAAUAUUUCAGAAUUUGAUCAAUGAAGAGCUCUUAUGGUGAAA